ACGGUUUAUGUCAAUAUGGCGUUAGUUAUCAUAUGUUGAUGAUGUUAUUGUUUCGCAAUAAUCUAUCGAUAAUUACCCAAUUUCGCGACCUUUCCUAAAGUGUUUUAACAGUUUCCUUCCGAGAAGAGUGUAAACUCACAGUGACGAACGUUGUUUUACGUACAUCCAACCCGGAAAUCACGCUGGAGGGAUCUAAUUCUUUGUCCCAAGAAUUCGAUUUUUUGGACCUGAUUUAAGUUACUUAUUAUGUUUCGACAUCUGUUUUUCAUGUCACGACUAAGCUCUACGUGCACUAGAGACUGCUCGGGACGGGGCGAAUGCUGGAACGGCACGUGCAUGUGUAACAUCCGUUUCACAGGGGAGCUAUGCGAUGGCCCCAAUUUACCAUACCACGCAGGCAUAGGUGGAGUGUUCUCGUUCAUAGGCCUGGUUUGUGCUAUUCAGUUGAUAAUGUGCUGCGCCUCUGAAUAUCAGAGACUGAAAGCCCCAAGUUUCCUGAGGGCUUGCAAGAUAACGACUCAGAAAAUGAUCUACCUGGUUAUGUGCUUUGCCAGUUUGAUCCGAGGAGCAUAUUUUAUAUUUCCAGACUCUUUUGAACAAGGUUGGUCCAGCAGUCUGUUAUCCUCAUACUACCCAUUGUUGAUGUCCAGUGCUUCUUUGAUUGUUUGUUUUUGGGCAGAGGUGUUUCAUGUACCGGGUGUUCACUACGAAAAGCCGCAGUUCAUAUCCAAGUCCUUUCUUGGUUUCGUCACCUUCAACAUCAUCUCCUACGGGCUACUUUUUGCCGAAUUUAUCACCACCCAGAUUGCAACGCCCCCUGCCGACGACCCUGGAUUCUACAGCCACCUGUUCAACGGCUGUUAUGCUGUCCUUAUGUUCAUAGUGGUAGUGUUCUUCUUGAUCUAUGGUGUAGAGGUGUAUUUCAAGGUUAGAGGCGGUUUUGUUACCAAACCACUACAGUUAGCCAGCAGUACCCCUCAGGAAUCGGAGCUCCUCAAAUCUGACAGUGACCUAAAACCAAAAAUCAAUUCGUCUCAGUUACAUCAAUCCCGCAUAGGAUUACUCAGUCAAGCUUUGAUGCUGAUCGUUAUUGCUGGAUUUUUAUUUUCCGAAACCUUGAGCGAAUUCUGGAAGGCCAAAGUACCGAUCAAUUCCAGAAACUUGCACGACGUCGUUUUCAGAGUGGUGGAAAUCGGAGUAGCUAUAUGGUUCCCCGCUGUACUCUGGAACUGUAUGCAACCAUCCGAACUAUGGAUCCUGAAUCCCAGAAAGUUGCUUGCCAAAAUCGACCCGUCCAAAGGUAUAGAAACCGAAUUGAGCCAAGUAGACGGCAAACCUUCUACAGGUACAGAAGACGACGAAGCCUUUCUGGACAAGAGAGAAUGCUGGAUUUGUUAUGACGGUGACAAAAACGAACCUCUCAUUCAACCUUGUGACUGUACGGGCGAUGUGUCCAGUGUUCAUCAUGAAUGUCUCAGAAUGUGGUUGAUGGAAAGUAGUUCUUCGUCCAUCGAACCGCCCCACUGCAAAGUGUGCAAAUACCAGUAUCAGAUCUGCCAGAACAACCAGCUCAAGUGGGACAAGGCUUUCACCGCACGCCACUGGGGCAGCACCGCCGUCAUUGUCACGUGUAUCUGCGUGACAGUGGCGUGCGCCUGGAUCGUCAUCCAGCUCUAUCAAAAUUCGUACAUUCGCAUGGCGGCUGCCAGCGUGGCCCUGAUCAUAAUCUACGUCUGCAUUAGAUUUCUUGGUCAGAACACACUCAGCGCUUACCAACGCGCCAAAGUGGCAGCCCUGCGCAUCGGCGAUCACGUGACAACGAUCAGCGCUAACGUCACUGGUGAACCAUCGACUCCACAAAGCGUAGAAGCCAGUCUGUAAAAUCUAUACACGCCACUGGUUUUUCCUUUGGAUUUUUCUCGAUAUUACCGUAAUUUUUAUUUGUUAAUUUAUUUUUAGGUUUUGUUAAAUUAAUUUUAUUUUUUGACGUUUUUCGCAAACGUUAUUCAUAAUGUUGUAAAUAUUCUUUUAAGUAAGGUUAGAAAUCUCAGAAAACACAUACAAUAAAAUGCUUAGAGCAUCACAGAAGGAUCGGUAGGUGAUACGAAGGCAGAAAUAAGCUAAAAAAAUAACGAUUUAGGUGUAUUAGAGAGCCAGUACAUAUUUUUACAUGUGCUUUAUAAGGAAAAACGAAAAGAAACAUGUUUUUCGUUUAAAAUAAUAAGUUUUGUGAUAUAUUUUUCGGCUCAAGCUGUUUAAACUAGAAUAAUUAAAUAUGUGUAUAGAUACAAAAAUUUAGAGGAUACCCUCAGUAUUACAAUCCCAUAAGCAGUUUACGCGGUAUUUCAAUAAAAACAGCGUCAUAGACGGCUGAGAACUGUCAUUUUAGUUCAAGCUUUACUGUGUCUCUGUUAUUUGAAGUUUUUAUUAGAUUUCGUUAACUUGGGGUGAAACUCGAAUAUUAAUGUUAUUUCUACACGCCUACUGUGACGUUGUUUUUAUUCGUUUACAUCGGGGAAAAAAGGCGUCAUGGUGGUCUUUGACCGGACGAUUGAUGGCAGGUUUCCGUCGCACCGGUCCUUUAAUAUGUUACAUUUAAUAUGACAGUUUUUUUAUUAAUUAUAUAAAUAAUAUAUAGUAAAAUAAUUAUAUAGUAAAACCCCAGAAACGCGCCUAUGAAUUUUUUUGCUAAAGUAUUAUUGAAAAUUUUGCGUUUUUCUCAACAUUUUUUGGUAAAUUUAAAAAUAUAUCAUCCCUUAAAAUUUUUGCAGUUGUUUAAAACACACCCUGUAUUAAAAGUAAUCGACUCUAGAAAAAUUAUCGUGUAUUGUUAUUUCAAGGACUACCGUGACACCGUUUUUUCCCACCUCGCUUAUCAUAUAACUGCUUGUUCUAAAGCAUACAGUAAUAAUAAAAAAAUGUUAUUGAUCUAUUUGUAUUAAUAACAAAAAAAAUCAAAUCAAUAAGAGAAACUGUUAUAAAUUGAGUAGUUUUUCAAACAGUUUAGAAAGUUUUAAACAAUUAGAAGUAGUUCUUUUGAACGUUUAGAAGUAGUUCUAAUAAACCACCCCGUAUAACAAUUUGCCAAAAAAUCACACUGAUCUACCGCGCGGUAGUUCGUUUGACUCAUCAGUCGUUUGCCAAAAUAAAAAUAUGGGAAAUUGUUUUGAUGUACUUGUUUCACUCUGUAUAUUUUAAGGCUUUGUACAUAGUAUUAUAUAUUAUGCUUGUUCCUUGAUGAUGUAAGAAAUUAAUUGAAUAAAGACUAUGUGUAUAUGGAA